AAAUAAGAACUUCUUUUCAGGAAGAGUCUUGAUCUCAUGAACGAAUCAACAGAUCUUGGAGAUGCAAGCACUCUGGAGCCAGUUAUACGGCUCAGGAAGGGACACAUGCCCAAUUCUGCUGUGCAAGAAUAUGAUCAUAGUGACAAGUCCAGUGAGCAGAAACCCCUCUUAGUAGAACCAUCAGCAUCAUCUGAAAAGGAUUCUGGCAAAGAUGGGGAUGACAAUUCAACUCAGGAAGAUGAGGGCUUUAUGGGAAUGCUGCCUCUCCUCCAAGCCCACCACGCGAUGGAGAGAAUGGAGGAAUUUGUAUGCAAGGUAUGGGAGGGCCGAUGGCGUGUCAUUCCCUUCGACGUCUUGCCUGAUUGGUUAAAAGACAACGACUACCUGUUGCAUGGGCACCGGCCACCGAUGCCUUCUUUCCGGGCUUGCUUUAAAAGCAUUUUCAGAAUACACACAGAGACAGGCAACAUCUGGACGCAUCUACUAGGAUGUGUGUUCUUUCUAUGUUUGGGGAUCUUCUACAUGUUCCGGCCAAAUAUGUCCUUUGUAGCACCCGUUCAAGAGAAGGUGGUGGUUGGAUUGUUCUUCUUGGGAGCCAUCCUUUGCCUUUCCUUCUCAUGGCUUUUUCACACAGUUUACUGCCAUUCAGAAGGUGUUUCCAGGCUCUUCUCCAAGCUGGACUAUUCUGGGAUUGCUCUCCUCAUUAUGGGCAGUUUCGUCCCUUGGCUUUACUACUCUUUUUACUGCAACCCUCAGCCCUGCUUCAUCUAUCUGAUCGUGAUCUGUGUCCUGGGCAUUGCAGCCAUUAUAGUUUCACAGUGGGACAUGUUUGCAACCCCUCAAUACCGCGGAGUACGAGCAGGAGUGUUUCUGGCCCUGGGCCUUAGUGGUGUGAUUCCCACUCUGCACUUUGUCAUCUCGGAAGGGCUCCUCAGGGCUGCCACCAUGGGGCAGAUAGGAUGGCUGGCCCUCAUGGCCUGUUUGUACAUCACUGGCGCUGGCUUGUAUGCUGCUCGUAUCCCAGAGAGAUUUUUCCCGGGCAAAUGUGACAUCUGGUUCCACUCCCAUCAGCUCUUUCAUAUUUUCGUAGUGGCCGGUGCUUUUGUGCACUUCCAUGGCGUUUCAAAUCUUCAAGAGUUCCGUUUCACCGUUGGGGGAGGCUGCUCAGAGAACGAGAUGGAGUAAAACCCGUCCCCCCCGUUGAGGAUCAUAACCAAAACUGAACCAUGGGAGCAGUCGAUCCACACUUCGCCUACAAUGGUGUGGAAGUUUUGCAGGGAAUCUUAAGUAUAAGAUGGGAGAAAAAUUCAUACCUCAAGCAAUGGAGUGAAUUGGUUCUGAAGACGUGGACAUUCUUAAAUCUUAACUUAUUCCUGGGAUCUGCAACUGAAGCAAGAAAAAAAAACAUCCUUUCUUAAUCAGCUUAUGUUCAAUGCCAUAUUUAUUUGUAGAAAAUAAGAGAGGUUAUCUUGGGGAAGAGCUUGGCAAUUUUUUUUCUUUUCUUUUUUUAAAUCUAGCUUAAUUAAGAUUUGUAUCUUGUUCAGGUAAGUUGAUUUUUAGAUGCCCUUUUGGGAGAAAAAAAAAUGUAAAUAAGAUUUCUAACUUUCUGUUUGAUUAAAAAACUUUCUAUAAAUGUUU